AUGCCUAUAACAAGAGAUCAGGUAGAAAAGAUCAACAAGCUGGUGAGCGUGAAUAUAAAACAAUUGUGGAAAGAGGAGUCCUUCAUAAAAAGCAUCACAGAUAAAGUCUCGAAAAUAAUCAUGGAGACCUUGAAUGAAAAACUAUCAGAAUAUGAGCGAGAAAUAUUGGAAGUAAAAAAGGAAGUGAAAAAGCUGGAUGAUGAUAUACAUGAAAUCGAAUUAAAUAGUACAGUGAAAUUAGACAAAUUUGAAUCUGAACUGGAAAAGAUCAAGAAUGCUAACAAAAUAAUAGAAAAACAGUAUGAAGCGCUGGAUCAACAUUCAAGAAGGAAUAAUCUCAGAAUUUUCAACUUGAAAGAAGAAAACAAUGAAAAUACAGAGCAGAGAAUAAUUCGAAUUUUUAAAGAAAAAAUGAAAAUCGAAAUACGUCCAGAAGAUAUUGAGGGAUGCCAUAGAGUGGGAAAAAGAGAAAGUACCGAACCAAGAGGUAUUUUGUUGAAAUUACGUACCUACAUCAAGAAAGAAGAAAUUUUCAACGCUAAAAAAUUUAUGAAAGGCACAGGAACUGUUAUAAGGGAAGAUCUAACACAGACCAGGGUCAAACUCCUACGAGAAGCCAUACAAAAAUUUUCAAUCGUCAAUACCUGGACUAGAAAUGGAAAAAUAUUAGCUAAAGUAAACGGAAAAAUCAUUAUUAUUCACUCUGCAGAUCAUUUGAAUAAUUUGUCAUUGUAG